AACAUGUCUGAGUGGAUAGAAACAUCCACAGGUAAUCGUAUAUCUGCCACGGCGCAGCUCAAGCGCCCGGACAAGAUACAUAUUCGUGGUAACUCUACCGUGGACUUGGAAGCCGUGCUCCACGGCGAUGUUGAGUUGACAGACGCUUCUGAUCCUGCCAUUACCAUAGGCAAGUACUGUUUUGUGGGUCCUAAAACACACAUCUGGCCGCCUAAGUUGACGCGGGAGGAAGGCGCCUUUGGGGUGUCGAGAAUUGGCUCACACGUGAUCAUUGGUCGUAACUGCAAGGUCAGCCUGGCACUAAUUGGAAAUCGGGUGUUGAUUGAAAGUAACUGUACUGUGGGAAAUCUCGCGAUAGUUUACGACUGUUGUGUAAUUAAGCAGGGAUGUACAAUUCCUGACAAAAUGGUGAUACCCCCAUUCAGUCUCGUCAGCGGAGCUCCUGGUAAAGAUUUCGCCGUCAAACCGCUUCUGAACGGGUAUAAACGAGCUAUUGAAUUGGAAUCUAAAGAGCUACAGAUAUUGGGCUACUACAGAAAUAUCAACUAGGAGCACUCAUGAACUAGUCGUGUUUUUCAGUGUUACCGAUGAUGCCCAUGGAGCUCGUGGUUCGACGAGAUCUCUUCUUGAAUCUCAAGUAUGCCAGGACCGUACCAAACACCGCCAAAAUGACAAUCAAAUAUCCGGCAAAACCUCUUUCAUGUACAACAUCCAUAAACCGUAGCGAGGCCCCGUAGGGGCUUCCAACGAGAUAAUUCUUGAGGUUUACUAGGUUUAGAUCAACUCUGUGAGAUACGAGUUGUGGGUCCAAGAGGUACUUCAAUACGAGACUGAAAUCCUCCGGUGUGGUCUUUAACGGCUCUCCCGUCAAAUCCUGAUCCCAGUAAUGAGUGUUGUCUUUGGUAACAACAAUAGUGUCACCUACGGCGUACUCUCUGGAGUUGACAUUCCAUCCGUGAUACCCUGCGAGGUUGGGGUUGGUGGUCAAAUCAAUGAACGUGAAAAGAACUUGGUUGGUAUCAAACAAAUGAGGCACUUCUUUCCUCAUGGCCUUGAUGAUCUGAACACUGUCGGCGUUUUGUUUCUUCAAUUCGUUCACCCGUUCUUCCUUCUGUCCUCUUUUUUCAAGUAUAUCGUUGAAAUAAUACUCGUUUUUGACAUAUUGGUACUGAUGGGCCACCAACGAUAUCUGGUAGAAGAUCUCAUCGGUCUUUUGAGGAUUUGACGAAUCAACGAAUGUCACAACAACCUUGUCUUGAUUGUUGCCAUUUUUUUUGUCGAAAUAAAGGGGCAUCAACUCCGGAGUCAACUCUUGGUAUAAGGGAAACUGAUUUCUGGCAACAAAGUCAAGCACUUUAUCCUUGUUUCUUAUGUCUUCAGGGGCAUAACUUUGAAAAAUAGGUGUAAACAAAGUAUUGUCCUUGAUGAUAAAGAGGGUUGGUUUGGUUGUCAAAGUAGUAGCCAAGUGCAUGGCCUUGUUGAACGUCUUUUUGUCCUCCUUUUCAUCAAAGUUGAUAAAGUUCACCAUAUUCUGAGCCUGACUUCCAAUGGCUCUUUCAAACUUGUCACUCUUUGUAGUAUAAAUGUACAUGUUGAAAGGUGAGUAGGUGGCAAAGUCCAACAAGUAAGGCAAGAUAUCUUUAUCCUCAGCAGCAACUGUUUUAGGAUCAUAAUAGAAAACAAUCGACACUUUGUUUUGGAGUGGGUAGUAGGAGUACAAAGGCUCAUUAGGUAAGCUUUUCCUAAACUCCAUGAUCUCAGACAAUGUCUUUGCAGACACAAUUUCAAACUUGUGGUUUUCAUAGAGAUCACUAGCAAACUUUUUCAACGCCUCCAAUGUUAUAAAACCCUUAAAAUCAAACCUGAUGGUGCCAGUGGCUUUUGGUAAAAACAUCACAAACUCCGGAGAUGCAGUUUUACUGUCUGCCAACUUCUCAAACCCAAGCUUUGCACACAAUUCCUUGUUCGACCCGCAACUGAAAUGGCUAGUGCCAACCGUAGUUAAGACUUGGUUCGAGAGUUUGUCCCAUAUCUGCUUGUUAUCCAUACAAUCGUAGCAACCUUUGGCGAAUGCUGAUUUGCCCGUGGUGUCACUAACCUUCCACUGCUUCUCUGUUCCUGGAUGAAACAUCACGAACUCGGGUUGCUGGACAUCCCCAGCAAUGUACUUGAGAACAUUGUCUAAGUCGAGUUCUUUGGAAGCACUAGGCAAGUCGAUAGCACCACUUGAAUACUCGGCCACUGCGUUCUUCACAAACUUCUUGAAGUUCUCGGGAGUCCUAACCAAUGACCGGGGGUAAGAUGUCACGAACUUCAGUUUCCCCGUCUUCAAGCCAGUUUGACGAUCGUGGAUUGGAGCAUAGAUUCUCAAGUUUGGAUAUGCAAACACCUCUUCUCUUU